AUGCCGUUCGGUCGAGCUGGUCGCCUCAAAGUGGUUCGACCUGCUUUGAGUCUCAUCUUCAUCGUCUCGUUGCUGUACCUUUACCGCCGAUCUGCUGCCCCCUUGACAACCUGGGAGGCGACGGUUCCUCUUCAGGAAAGACAGGCCACGCUGUGGCAGAACCUCUUGCCACUGCUCGAGGACCAUGCGCCAUUGUGCUCCCCUCCGAGUCGUCGGGAUUCCUCCGGGGCUAUACCGUACAGUGCUAUUCAAGCGUCGCCACGACCGGACCUUAUUGUCCAGCCGGAGGUGUACCAGCAGCCCAUGCAAGAGGCACACGAUGGAUUUGUGGCAGCCGUUCAAACUUCGACGACUCUUAAGUCUCCACAUAUUGUCGGAACAAGCGGCAUUGUCUCUUCAGCCGGGAAGAGUUACUUGCCAGUCUUCGUCGCCUCGUUGCGGAUGUUGCGGAGGACCGGAUCGACUCUACCCGUCGAGCUGUUUGUCAAGGAUGAGAGCGAGUAUGAAAAGAAGAUCUGCGAAGAGGUCCUCCCGAGCCUCAAUGCGCGCUGUCUGGUCUUGUCGGACAUACUGAACAACCAACGCGACAGCAGUGUUGAGAUCGCGCACUACCAGAUCAAGAUUUUCGCCGUCCUUUUCUCGUCGUUUGAAAAGGUUAUCUGGAUCGACUCUGACUGUUUCCCUCUACACGACCCUGCUGAGUUGCUCACAGCCGACCCAUUCGCGUCUACCGGUCUUGUUACUUUUCCGGAUUUUUGGGCCUCGACGGCGUCUCCGCUAUACUUCAACAUCUCGCGACAGGAGCUGCCGCCGAUGAGUCUCCGCGCGUCGUCGGAAACCGGGGUGUUUUUGAUCUCCAAGAGAUCGCAUUUCCGGACGUUGCUCCUGGCUGCGUAUUAUAACUAUUAUGGUCCGUCGUACUAUUUCAUGCUCCUCUCCCAGGGCGCGCCGGGCGAAGGCGACAAGGAGACCUUCAUUCACGCUGCUUCUGCUAUGAACGAGAAAUUCUAUACCGUCAGCGAGCCUGUUAAGCCAAUCGGCCACCCGAAGACCACCCAAGAUAAGAUUUCCGGAUCUGCCAUGGUCCAGUCGGAUCCCGUGGCGGACUACAAACUCACCAGUCAGAACAAAUGGCGGGUCAAAGAUUCUUCAGUAGCCAAGGCCCCUCGGGCAUUCUUCAUCCACGCACAUUACCCCAAGUUCAACCCUGCAGAACAUGUGUUUGGAAAUACCUGGGAAACGGCCCCGACUUUGAAGCCCGAUGGUAGUGACGGUCGGGCUUGGAUUGUGGCCGAAGAGACCCUUAGACGGUUCGGGUACGAUGCUGAAAAGGCCUACUGGGAAGAAAUCAAGUGGGUGAGCUGCAAUCUCGAAGAUGCUUUCGAGUCAUGGAAGCGCAAGUCGGGGAUUUGUGCAAGAGUGCAGAAGUACUGGCAGACUGUGUUUGCAGAGCCGCAUGAUGAUGAUCCCCAGUUCACCGAUGAUUGA